AUGGAGUUGUAUAAGAAUGCUUCAAUCGCUCUUCAAGAAUUUUGGUCAUCGACAGAAAUUCCCAAUACCAUGUUGUCUUCUUUGUUCGGACUGUGUGCUGUUGCUGGAGUAUGUUUGGCUACUCCGAACCCUAACAUACAUGCACAUACUAGCCUGCCGUCAGUGACAGUUAAGAAUGGCUCAUAUUCUGGUGUCUACAAUCCUACCUACAAUCAAGAUCUUUUUCUGGGAAUUCCAUACGCUCAGCCCCCAGUUGAUGAUCUUCGCUUCCGCGUACCACAAAGCUUAAAUGCUUCAUGGUCGGAUGUUCGUCCAGCAACUGCCUACUCGCCCUUUUGUGUCGGCUAUGGUGGCGAUGAUCUUGGCAAAGAAUUGGCAGAGGAUUGUCUUUACUUGAGCGUCAUACGGCCGAGUAAUAUUCAACCCAAUGCUUCUUUACCGGUAGUAGUAUGGAUCCAUGGUGGUGGACUUUUUAUGGGUGGCUCCAACGAUGCUCGUUACAAUUUGAGCUUUCCCGUUCAGAAUAGUGUUGACAUGGGAAGCCCAAUGAUUGGUAUAAGUAUCCAAUAUCGUCUCUCCGGUUGGGGUUUCUUAGGCGGCAAAGAAGUUUUGGAUAAUGGAGUUGCAAACCUUGGAUUCCGAGAUCAACGGUUGGCUUUGCAUUGGGUUCAGGAGAACAUUGCUGCUUUUGGUGGAAAUCCGCAGAAGGUCACCAUUAUGGGCGAGAGUGCUGGUGCACAAAGUGUUGGAGCACAUCUUCUUGCUUACAAUGGACGUGACGAUAAGCUCUUCUCUGGUGCCAUUGCAGAAAGUGGUGGACCUGGCGUGAUGUUCUUUAGCACUACCAACGGAACAGGAUACAACACUACAGCAUAUCAAACUAGUUACGACACUAUCGUAGCCUCGACUGGAUGUGGCAACACUACUACAAACACACUUUCUUGUCUUCGUGCCUUACCUUACGAAACACUAAACGCAGCGCUCAACUCCUCAAUCCCAGGCGUCGGGCCCUUCCCACCAACAAUCGACAACGACUUCGUUUCAACCUACCCCUCCAUUCAACUCACCUCCGGAAACUUCGUCAAAGUUCCCCUCCUAAUCGGCACUAACACCGACGAAGGCACCGCCUUCAAACCCGACGUUUCCGUAAACACAACCACCCAAUUCCUUUCCGUCCUAAACGCUACCCUCUACCCAGCACCCCCAUCCACCUCCACAAUCAUCUCAUACCUCUACCCUAAUAUCCCCGCCAUCGGCAUCCCCUCCUUCCAAACCUGGCCCUACGCCCCAAACUCCACCAUCGCCAUCGCAUUAGGCGCCCAAAUUCGCCGUCUACAAGCCUACUUCGGCGACCUCGUCGUCAACGCCCCUCGUCGCGGCGCGAACCACGCUUGGGCAGCCCACGGCGUGCCCUCAUACUCCUACCGUUUCGACGUCACCGUCACCGGGAACCCACCGUGGGUCGGGGCGACUCAUUUCCAAGAAGUCGCUUUCGUGUUCAAUAACACCCGCGGUGAAGGCUACGCCGUAAACCCAUUCUCGAAUCUCACGGCCGCGCAGACGCUGGCGUUUGACGAGUUGGCGCAGCACAUGAGUCGCAGCUGGGUGAGUUUUAUUGUUCAUGACGGGGAUCCGAAUUGUCAUGGGCUUAAGGGGAAGGUUCUGUGGCCGGUUUAUGAUACGCGAAAUGGGGCGUUAGGGCAAAAUAUUGUGUGGAGUGCGAAGGGGAAUGACUCGGCUAGUCUGGGGAGGGUGGAGGUGGACGAUUAUAGGAUCGAAGGGAUGGAUUUCAUCGUUAAGAAUAGUUUGGCGGUAUACGGACGGUAG